AUGGAUGAUGAUGAUGAUGAGGAUGCGAUUGAUGAUAUUGAUGGACUAUUGCAUGAUAGAUUUGUUGAUGUGACACGAGGAGACUCUGGAGUUAGUGAAGGCCCCAAUGAAGUUGCUAAUAAGUUCUAUAAUCUUAUUGAAGAGUCUAAGCAAGAGUUGUACUCGGGUUGUGAAAACUUUUCUAAGUUGUCGUUCACCAUUCGACUAUAUUUGUUGAAGUGUCUUUAUGGUUGGAGUAAUGCAUCAUUCGAUGCUCUCUUAGAGCUACUGAAAGAAGCUAUGCCUCAUCUGAAUAUUUUUGAUUCAUUCAAUAAAACUAAAGGCGUAAUAAGGGGCUUGGGGCUUGAUUAUAAAAAGAUUGAUGCUUGUCCCAAUGACUGCAUGCUUUACUGGAAGGAUCAUGAGAAUGACACCUCUUGUUAUGUUUGCAGUGCUUCACGGUGGGUUGAAAAAGCUGAUGGAGAUAACCAGCAUGAGGAGAAUAUCAAAGCUCACAAAGUUUCUGCUAAAAUUCUGAGACACUUCCCCUUGAUUCCUAGACUUCAAAGGUUAUUCAUGUGCUCGAAGACAGCUAGCUCAACAAGGUGGCACGAAGAAGAGCGUUCAAAAGAUGGGAAGUUAAGGCAUCCUGCAGAUGGAGAGGCAUGGCAAUUCUUUGAUAAAUGUCAUCGUGACUUCGCUGAUGAUUCACGUAACAUAAGGCUUGGUUUGGCUAGUGAUGGAUUUAAUCCUUUUAGAUCCAUGAGUUUAUCUCAUAGUACUUGGCCUGUGAUACUGAUACCAUAUAAUUUUCCCCCGUGGUGGUGCAUGAAAGCUGAAUAUUCUAUUCUAUCUUUGUUAAUCCCUGGACCACAAUCACCUGGGAAAAACAUUGAUGUGUUCCUCCAACCAUUAAUUGAAGAGUUGAAGAUAUUGUGGGAUUCUGGAGUAGAAACAUAUGACUCUUCACUAAAUCAAACAUUCCAAAUGCGAGCAGCUUUGUUAUGGACUAUUAAUGACUUUCCUGCGUAUGCUAUGUUGAGUGGGUGGAGUACAAAAGGAAAAUUAGCUUGUCCUUGUUGCCAUUAUAACACGAAUUCUACUUAUUUGAGGUAUAGUCGAAAGAUGUGUUAUAUGGAUCACCGUAUUUUUUUGCCAACGGAUCAUGAAUAUAGAUCAAAUAUUAGAGCUUUUAAUGGGAAAGAAGAAUAUAGAACUGCAACAGAUUUGUUAAAAGGAGAGGAUGUCUUAGAUUUGUUAGAGUAG